CCUCCUUCUCUCCGCUGCUGGAUGUUGCGUUAGGAGGGCUUCCCUUCUGUCCGAUGGAGACGGACUUAGUGUAGGGACCAGGUCCGCCGAGGAUCCGCUUCUAUAAGAGCCGAGGGAGACGGAAGCAGAGGGGGAGACACAGAGAUCCUCCAUCCUCUGAAGGUCUCCUGCCUCUCUUCCUCACCCACUGCCUGAUCAGGGUGUGUCUCGGGAAUUGUGUUAUAACAUGCACGCUCCCAAGAGUGCAUAGCCUGUCAGGAGGACUGUUUAGUGUGUGUGUAGUGUGUGUGUAUUGUGCGUGUUUGUGUGAGAGUUUGUGUGCGUGUGUACGUGUAGUGUAGAGAUGGGCUCGGUGGGAGCGGAGCGCCGCAGGCCCACACCGGCCCAGACGCCCGAGGAGAGAGAUGUGUGGAGGGAUGGAGGAAGAGCGGGAUGGAGGGAUGUGGGGAGAGAAGGCUGGAGAGAGGGAAGAGAGAGUGGAGUGGUGCAGAGCUACAGCUUCGAUUCGUACCAGCUGGAGGAGGAGGAGAUCAGUAAAGACGCCCCGGAGCGAGGAGUCCUGGCUCUGUCUGAGCCUGACUUUGAGGAGCCGAUCCCUGAUGACCGUUACCAUGGCAUCUACUUUGCAAUGCUAUUGGCUGGAGUUGGUUUCCUGCUACCCUACAACAGUUUCAUCACUGAUGUGGACUACCUGCACCACAAGUUUAAAGGGACAUCCAUUGUGUUCGACAUGAGUCUGACGUACAUCCUGGUGGCUCUGUUGGCCGUCAUCCUCAACAAUGUGCUGGUGGAGCGACUCAGCAUGCACACCAGAAUCACUGUGGGUUACAUCUUCGCGCUGGGACCACUGGUCUUUGUCAGCGUGUUUGAUGUGUGGCUGGCAAAGUUCACCACCAGGCAGGCUUACAUCAUCAACCUCGUGUCAGUGGGAGUGGUGGCCUUUGGAUGUACAGUGCAGCAGUCCAGUUUCUAUGGUUACAUGGGGAUGCUGCCCAAGAGGUACACACAGGGGGUGAUGACGGGGGAGAGUACAGCCGGGGUAAUCAUCUCCCUGACUCGCAUCUUCACCAAGCUGCUGAUAAAGGAUGAGAGGAGGAACACGCUUAUCUUCUUCCUCAUCUCCAUCAGCAUGGUAAUGCUUUGCUUCCUGCUUCACCUCCUGGUCCGCCGCUCACGAUUUGUCCGCUACUACACCAACCACGCCCAGGGAAAAAGUCCAGCCAAAGGUCAUGACCCACGUGACAGUGGGACUGGAUAUCGGGUUCACCAUGAUGUCAUCACAGAGGAUGUCAAAUUUGGAAAUGGUGGGACAGGACCGUGUACUACAGAGGAGGGCAAUGAGGACUUUGUCGGUGGGACAUAUGUGAGAUUUGAUGCACCAAAAGCCAAGAUAAGGAGGAGCUGGCCUGGUGUCUGCGAUAUGAUCUUGCAUCGUUACGUGGUGUCCCGUGUGAUCUGGGCCUACAUGCUGUCAAUAGCAGUGACCUACAGCAUCACUCUGUGUCUGUUCCCUGGGCUGGAGUCUGAGAUACGAAACCCCAAAUUAGGGGAGUGGCUCCCCAUCCUCAUCAUGGCCACCUUCAACAUGUCGGACUUUGUAGGAAAGAUCCUGGCAGCAUUGCCAUACGACUGGUCUGGAGGCCGCCUGCUCUUCUUCUCUUGCCUGAGGGUGAUCUUCAUCCCUCUGUUCAUCAUGUGUGUGUACCCAGCCAAUGCACCUACCCUGUACCAUCCUGCUUGGCCUUGUCUUUUCUCCCUCCUCAUGGGAGUCACCAAUGGCUAUUUCGGGUCUGUGCCGAUGAUACAGGCUGCCGGCAAAGUGCCACCAGAACAGAGGGAGCUGGCAGGGAACACUAUGACGGUCUCUUAUAUGACAGGCCUGAUGGUGGGCUCUUCUGUGGCCUACGCAGCUUACAGCUUCACUGCUCCAGGAUCAGGAACACGCUUCACCACACUCAAUAUGCACACACCUGCUAAUGCUACAGGGUAUUGAAUGUCCACAUACAAUAAAAAACACACACAUAAACAUUCAUACAUGUACAUAUGUGCAGCCAUUUACACACACCAAUGAACAGGAUUCAAACAAGAGACGUUCCAGCUGCAGAGGAUGAGAAGACAUCUGUGAAGAACUUUAUAAAUGUUAAUGACAGAGACAGAUUCUCCUUUGUCCAAAUCAUGAUUUGAUUUGGUUUAGUGGAUAAAGAAAGUGGAAACUAAAACAAACCCUGGGAUUUAGUAGUGGAGGAAAUGACGUGAAAUAGUGAAAACAUAGCCGUUCUCACCACUCUCUCAUUCUCCAGCCUGGUGGUUCAUUGACCUUUCAAAUGUUCUGGGUUCUGCGGUGAUGAACUUUUCCCUGGAGGUGAAUGA